AUGGUUUCCUGGAGUGAGGAUGAUGACAGCAGUGAGAAUUAUUACCAGUACGCCACCUCAGGUUCAGACGACGGCAUCGUGAAGGAUGGUAAAAACUGUGGACUAGUUGAAUGGAUUGAUCCAUCUUGGCCAGCUACAAUGGAGAAUGCACUGUCCAAGUUGUGGGAUAUGUAUGAACAGUCCAAGAGAAACAGGACUGAGGACAAUCUGAUGAACUCAUUUGCUGUUCACAAACUGACACAAGAGAAGAUCAAGCUGCAGGCCAGCUAUGACAAGUUGGUUGGAGAUGUCCAAGCCCUUUUGGAUGAGAAUGAGAGGAGGGCCCAGAUGGAAAGGAAGCCUGAUGAGAGCAAGCUCCAGGAGAAGUAUGACAUGGUUAAGAACAUGACAGUAUCUCAAGCCAGUGUCAUUUGGAACAUGAAGUUGAAGCUUGCUGAAGAGAAGAGUAAGUUGCAGGCCCACAUUGAUGAGCUUGAGAAGGUUGUGGAGCAGACCAAGGCCAAGCUGAAUGGGAUCAAGGCAAUGUUAGAUGAAUGA